UCUGCGAUACCAAGAUGGCUGACGAAGGAGAAGUUGAUGUUCUUGGAGAUUUUGACAUGAAAAUAGAAGUCAGUGAUGGAAUAUAUGAUGUCAAUGAGCUUCCAUCUCAAAGUGCCAACUUGUUGCCAGAGUUCACAGACCAUCCCUGGAUUCUUGACCAAAGCUGGGCCAUGGAUAGCUCCAUGGACGAGAAGUCGAAGGCCACAAUAGAGAAAAUGCUUCUAGAGGAACAAUAUUACAUCAAUGGAAAAGUUCCCAGACGCAAGAUGUCCACUGUUACCAAGAAGCAAAGUAUUGCAACCAGACCUCAAGACACACCAGCACCAAGUGAAGUUGAAGAAUCAAGCAGCAACCCUGUACACAAACUCAAAAGCCAGACAGUUUCUCUUAAAGAACAUUCUGGCUCUGGCACAGGAAAUGACCUUGACCAAGUCGGCGACAGAUCGAGCAUUAUUCCAAGAAAACGAGCCAAUAAAGGGUUUCACGAUUGGAAGAAAAUUCUGUGUCGAUCACUCACCCCAUGGACAGAGGAGGAAAAGAAACAAUUUCAUCAAGGACUGAUGAUGUAUGGAAAGAAAUGGGUGCAGAUAGCCAAGCUGCUGCCUGGAAAGACCAUCCGACAAGUCAAGAACUAUGGUCAUCAAGUGUUUAAAAUAGAGAAUAAAGAAGAAGCCAUAGCGCAUGGUCUUGUAAGACCCAAUAAAUCUUCAGUCGAAUAUGCUCAGAAAGCCCUCUCCAAAGCACUGAGCAAAGUUUCAACGGCUAGGCCAACUGUCCGUGUUCGUGAACCAAAGAAGAAGCCCUUUCUACCUCCGUGCAAAUUUAAUAAAAAUAACCCAGUAAGAAGUCGUAAAAUAUGGCUUAAACCUAAGUCUGUUAUUAAUAAAAAUGUCUUAUUUAAUGCGAAUCAAAAAGGCAAAGAUGGAGAUUUUGAAACAGCCAUCAAGACUGAAGCAACUUUGGAAGUAAAAGCAGGAGGCAAUGGAGAAUCUGUAGGUUUUGACAGCACAAUAGUCACUGUAGAGAAAGACUCUGAUGAAGACAUUGAAGUGGAUAUAGAGGAUGAUGAUGGCAAUGAUAAAGUCAACCCAUUGCUUGAAGGCAGAGCAGUUUCUCCAAAUUCUGUGUAUGAACGAUUACUGAAUGAGGCAAAGCUUGAACAAAAUGUUCAGGAAAAAAUUGUAAGGAAAGGUGUUCAAGGUAGAUCAUACAAAGUGAAAUACAAGGGUUAUGAAUUGAUGUCAGACAGUUAUUCAGAUUCAAGGCCUUCUGGAGGUUGUGCUAGUGGCAUAGUAGUAAAGAAUGAAACUAUUGGGGUUGAUGCGAACACACAAAGUAGGGAUACUGCAAGCAUGGGGAAGCAGUUGGACAAUGCUCAAGAUGGCAUUAAAAAGGAGAUUUCAUCUCCUGAAGUAACUGUGAAGUGUGAGCCAGAUUUGCCUGAUGGCACUUACAAAGUGGCCAGUAAACAGGAUGAAGCAGAAAGCAUGCAGAAGGAUAUUCCCCGAGUAAUUGCAAACGUGGUGAUCACAGUGUCAGAUGAGGUCGUACAUUUCCCGGUCCCAACUGAGGAGCUGGUAAUGGCGCCUGAUGACCAGGUGUCUGACAGAGAGCGUGAAGUUCUCAAGGAGUUCUUUGAGUACCGCGGACUGAGAACACCGGAGAGAUAUCUCAGGAUCCGUAACUACAUCCUCGAGGCAUGGAAGAAGUGCAAGCCGUCCUACCUGUUCAAGACUUCAGUGAGAUCAGGACUCAAGAAGUGUGGUGACGUGAAUUCUAUUGGGCGAGUGCAUGCCUACCUAGAAGCCAUCGGGGCCAUCAACUUUGGCUGCAGCCAGGUUGCCUACAAGAAUCCACGGCCUGCACUCUGGUUGACAGCUGGUGAUUAUGGCUCUAAAGUCUGCAUAGAAAAGCGAGAAUCCAUGCGUCCUAAGAAAAGAAAAGCGUUAUCACCACUUGGUGCCUGGCAUGCAGUUAUGGAAAAGACUAUUGAACACACUGAGGGUAAGAAAAGUAAUGAGAAUGGAGCAACAAAGUGUGUCAGUGUGAAGAGACGGGUGUACGAUCCAUUCAAGCUGAUACCUUGCCUGCCAUUCACUGAAGAGAGACCUGCCCCAUUCCUGGUGGAGAUCUGCUGCUCAUCUCUCAUGGUGAUGGACAUUCAUAGCCACAUCUGCAAGACAGAGGUCAUUGGCAUGCUGGGUGGUCAGUUCUCACCGGACACUGGCAAACUGACCAUCACCAUGGCAACCCCAUGUCACAGCAUCAGCACUGGGCUACAGUGUGAGAUGGAUCCAGUGUCACAGACCCAGGCAAGUGAAGAGAUCCAGGGGGCAGGGAUGGAUGUGGUGGGCUGGUACCACUCACACCCCUGUUUCAGACCAGACCCCUCAAUCAGGGACAUUGAAACUCAGCUCAAAUUCCAGGAGUGGUUUGCGAAAGGUGGUGACCACUUUGUGGGUGUGAUAGUGACCCCGUACAAUCCGGGUAAUUCUAGUGUCAGUUCCCAGGUCACAUGCCUCACAGUGAGCGACGAAAUCUCUCCAGACCGAAAUUAUAAUAUCCCGUACAAGUUUGAUUUCUGCACAUGCCCAUGUGAAGAGAAUGAGCUGCUAACUGUAGCGCAGAGUGCUCGACAAUUGGCUGCCAGUUACGCCACGUUCCCAUCAAAUCUCAAGGUGGACAUGGGAUUGAAGUUUAGACCUGGAAUGACCUGUCUUGAUAAGCUCUGUGAGUCAUUGAAGGCUUAUGACCUGAUAGAAGACCAGGGUUACUUGAUUCAAAGUGUUCAAGAAGCAUUCAAGGCAGUGGUAAAACCGGCUUCGAAAACUAUCACCAAUUCUUCUUACAUGAUUGACCAACCUGACAAGUUUUUUUUCCCAUUACACGAGAAUUCUUCAUCCAAUCUUUCAGACGAUGAGCUACCAGAAGUUAAACAGGAACUGGAUUGCUUGAUUAACAUAAAUGAAGAACUAGUUGAUUAUACAGACUGUGUGGUUGAAGUCAAACAGGAGCCUAAUGUUUAAGACUGUGUUGUUGAAAUUAAUGAGGAACCUAUUGGAGUUAAAGUUAAUCUCAAUAAAGCAAAUGGUAUAGUUGAAAUAAAUCAGGGAUAAGAGGAAGUAGUCUAAAUGUUUGAAGUGAAACAAGAUAUAGGAAAGCAGAUUACAGGAGUGAAAUAAAUCGGGAACCAUUUGAAUAACAGUAUU